CAUAAGCAGCGAAAAAAUUCAGUUAUGGUGAAGUGCUCUUGGGCUUCAAACACAGAGUCGGUUGGUUGGUUGUAUGCAUAAAAGGUUUUACUUUGUGGCUUCUAGUGUUUUUUGUUGUUGUUGUUUUGUGAACAUUUGUGAGGUUUCGCUGAACAAAAGAAGGGAAAAAAAUCCAAGUUUUCUAAGUAUUUAAGGUUUGUGUUUUGUUGCAAAAAGUAUAAGUUUGAUGUGCUGAAAUUAAAAUUUGGCAUAUAUUUUGAAAAAAAAGAAAUACAAAUUAAGACUACGUUUAACGUGGAACAAGCGCGCAUUUAACAUAUUAAAAAGUGAAUUUGCUUGAAACACUAAUAUCAAAAAAAAAAAAAAGAUUUAUAUGUGAAAGUGUAUAAUAUUUUGGCUAAUAAUUUUGUCAAUAGCAACAGUGUUAAAAAAUAUGUAUCACAGCUUCUACAAAAAAUUAAUAUCUACAUCCACAUGUAUAUUUCGAAAUCAACGCUUUAACCGUUCAUUUUAGUAGCUGCUUAAUUUGCCACUAGUCGAGUGGUAGUUAAACGCUCUCAGCACACACAUGCAAACGCAAAUAAACGUUCUUGAUCAACUUAAAUUAUUGGGCAUGCGCGCGCUCUCAUCGCUGGCACUGUAUUCAGCGCUGCUUGGUGUAGCUGAAUCGUAAGCGCUCAACAUAUUUUGAGUACAACUAAAUUCACUGAAAAGCACAUAUACAGCACACAGUUACAUUUUCAUAACCAAUACAUACUAGAAAAACGUCAAAGUGCAAAUUUACGGUGUGCAUUAAGAGGCAAGAGCGAGCAUAUCAAGAGAGGGAAUUGAAAAUAAGAAAACUGAAACGCGUUUUGUGCGAUACAGACGAAAAAGAAGAGGAAGCACUAGCAAUAGCAACAGAAAGGCAGCACCCAACCAACCAGCGGAGUUUAUAUAGCUCAAUUUUUUUACUGACAAAUAUUAUCUAAGAAAAAAUAUUUAUGUUGCAUUAAAAAUUUCAUAAAAAUCAAGAAAAAGUAGAACUGCAUAAAAAAGUGUAAAGUGCUAAGUUAUUUUAUCAGAAAACGUAAAAAUAAGCUCACCAACGAGCAGACACAGUGAGAAGUAUGCGUGGAAAAAGCGAGAACGUUGCGUGGCAAAUUUGAGAAAAAAGAGAAAAAGUUACGAAUUAAUUGUGAAAUCUUUGCAAAUAAAUUUGUUAUAAAUAAAAUAGCAAUUCUACAAACAAACGAAAGAAUCAGAAUUUAUGUAAAUAGUUAGAGUUACAAAUUUUGCUCAAAUAAACUUGAGGAAAGCUUCACAGUCUCACAUAUCAACUAUUUAAUAGAAAUAAAAAGGCUGCAGCACAUUUUUGCAUCCCUUGCAAUUCUAAACAAAUGAAAGAAACUCUUCAAAUAUAAAGCCUAACAUCGAAGUCGAGCGCACUUACCAAACAUUUUUAUACGCAAAUAACGCCCGCUUUAAAACAAUACCAAAAACAAAAAACUCAAAAAAUCCGGAAGUAAAUAAGGCAAAAAGCACGAAAAAAUCAAGUGUGUAUCCGAAAGCCAACACAGCCAACAGACAAAUACCAAAUACCACCCAUUAACGAAGAAGAAGAGGUGAGAACUUUGGCGCUCGCACAAGGUAAAGUGGUGCGGAGCGUGGGCGCAUCUUGAGCACCGUUAACUUUGGCGCUUUUUCACACACACGAAAUCUACAUUCCGAAAAGCAACACCAACAUCUCCUACUGAAGCCACCAACUGUUAGCUUCGUCUGCGGCUACCAUCCACCUACCCCACAAAUUGCGCCACCCCAAAGUAACAUUAACAAGGCAAAAGACAAAUGUCCCCUUCCGUCACUUGAACAAACAGCAGUGUCAUACAGUUCGGCACAUUUCCUUGUCUGCAACACGACCUCCCUCAAUACACAUACUCCUUGUAUAACCCCACCAGACGUUAGCUACGACCAAGAGUUAUACAUACACACAAAUUUAUGCUGAGUUUUUUGCGCAUGCAGGAAACGUAAAAACAAGAGUCGCAUAGAAAUUGAAGUGAACAAGCAAAAAAUAAAGUAUAAAAAACAAAAGAGAAAAACAAUUAAAUAAUUUUUUACGCUCCAUUAAAAGCGAUGAAAUCCGAGUCAACAACCAGCAAAAAAAUGGCGUUCGAAAUGUAUCCAAGUAUUUCGGGGAAACAGGAUCCCGUGCGUGAAGUGGUGAUGAAAUAUAUUGACUAUUUCUUGCCAGAUGCAUCUGGAACAAGUGCAGUUGCGAUCGAUAACAAGAUCGAACAAGCUAUGGAUCUGGUCAAAUCCCAUCUUAUGAUAGCUGUUCGCGAGGAAGUUGAAGUACUCAAGGAGAAAAUUUCCGAGCUAAUGGAUAAGAUCAAUCAACUUGAAGUUGAGAAUACGAUACUGAAGGCGAAUAUGUCGCAGGAGACAUUGCAGCAAUUGCAAAUGCAGACUCAACUUCAGAUCGCUGGUAGCAACACCACCAGCAAUAGCAAUGGCAGUACUGGAGCAACAGCAGCGAUCACAGCAGGCAAUGCAAAUGCCACAACGGCGACCAAUAUGAUUGCCGCAGCGCCACAACCGCAGCCGCAACAGCAACAGCAACCCCAGCAGGCUGGCACACCAACCACUGCUGCAGCUAACGAGAGCAACGAUGCCAGUCCAGCGGCCGAGACAACAGCAACGGCAGCAUCAGCAACAGCAGCGGCCAGCAAUGGCACCGAAAAUGCGGCGGCCACCACAAAUGGUCCAUUGCCUUCCUCUUAAACGCCACAUGCUGAAGCGUUUAUUGAUGCAGCUUAGUUAAAGCGAGGCGUAGCGUUAAAAGCAAAACAAAAAACUUUCGAAGCACCAGUUUGGCUAGUUGGAGUUACAUAAAAUGAUGAUGUUGGUGGAUGUUGAUGGUAUUAAUGUGUUGUGCAGUUGCUGUGCGAGGCGGUUGGGAACUGUGCGCGCGAAUGUGUGAAAUGUUGGAAGCGAUUGUGUUGUUUAAGCGUUGAAAAAGCGUGAAGGGGCGAGUAUUAAAAAUAAAAAAGCCAAAAAUGGUAUCGCGAAUGAGAAUCUUUUUUUUUUUUAAGAAUUAAGGAGGGUUUGAAGUAAAUGUUAAAUAUUGCAACAAAGAAAUUCACAAAUUUGAAUUUUAUGUUGAACAAAAAAAAAAAAUAGAUUUUCAUUACUAUGAAACAAAUUAAAAAAAUGUAUGUAAAAGGCACUUGCUUUAAAAAUGUUUGCGGCUUUUGAGAAAUGAGGAAUAGCGCCAGCGUUGUUAUGGUUUAGAGCAGCUUUGUUAAAGUUGCAUUAUUUUAUACACAUAUAUAUAUUUUUUUACAAGAAAGAUACAAGAAUUUUUCGAUUAUAUGUACAUGAAGAUUUUCUCAAAACUGCAAACAUUACAAGCCGCGCAACUUGCGCUUUAUAGUUUUAUAAACUAUACCAGAAAAGACAAUGCAGAUACUCGUUCACCUAAAACCGAAAAAACAUUUAUUUUCAAACGUUCGCGCUGCAAACAACAACACAUCACAACACGCACACGCACACACGAAAAAUCCACAACUCAACAACUUCAAAAAAUAAAUAAAUAAAUAAGUGUAAACACACACACACACUGAGCGGCUUCAAACAGUUCGGUAAAUUUGUGGCUAUGUUGCUGCGCCCAUCGGCACUGUAUGUUGCUGGCAACAUGUUGUGUUAUUACGGCGCAACAUCAAUGUUGACAUACAAGUUUACACGCUGUUUGAUGUACACUGCCGCAUGCAUGUACCAAGGGUCAUUACGUUAGCGGCUUACACCCAGAGUAUAAAUACGUGUAAAUUUCGCAUGCACUCAACACUCUGCAGCGUGUUGACCCAAUGCGUACAAACUGCAAACAGAAAGCUGAUGAAUAAUCAUAUAAAAUGUGAUAUAACUCAAUUUUUUUAUAAUUUCAAACACAACAAAGAGGUAUUAUAAAAUUGAGAGAAGAAAAUAAAUAAAUUUUAAAACAAAAACCCACAAGUACAGCAAGAGUGCAACUAGCGGGGACAAAUAGAGAAAAUGCAAAAAUUGGACAUUUGCAAAAGAGAUAAUUUAGAAGAAGUAGACCAAGUAGAAGAACGGCAACAAGCAAACGGAAGUACUAACAAAACAUAAACCAGAAAUGUUGUAGGGCUGCGCGCAUCGAAAGCAGAAUAUCAGCCGAACUGAAGCGUUGCAUUGUUGCACACCUAACUGUGCUUGUGCGAAAGAAAAAAUGUUCAAAUCAUUUGUAGCGUUUUUGUUUUCGCUUUGCCAUAAGGUUAAAUACAUAUAUACAUUUUUUUCUGUCUUUAAGAUUUCUCUGUCCUUAGGUUUUAACUUUUCACUGACACUUGAAUAGCGCAAAAUUAUAUAAAAAUUGUAAUUUGCCAAAUAAUGAUUACAACUCAGAGCGAAUGAGAAAAUGAUGGGACUCAUCGAAACUCAAAAGCAAAAUUUUGUAUUAUAUUAUUAAUAACAAUAACAACAACAACAAAGCUAUUGCAUGUAAUAUAUGUAUUUGAGAAAAUAGAAAUUAGAAUAUGGUUUGUGAAAAGAAGGAUUGAAAUAAACUAUAAGCGCUAAGCGAAAUGUUAUCUAAAGAAAAUGCAUCAGGAAAAUGAACGAUUGUAAAACAUUGCAAAAAAUACACAUAGAAAAAUACAAAUUGCAUGCAAAACAUACUUGCAAGUGAGCGAGUAGAAUUUCCGCGUAAAAAAUACAAAAUUUGCAAAAAUGUUUGCUCUCCAAAAUGCAAAAAUAGAAAAUGUACAACAUGAAGAGCGUAAACUUGAAGUUGAAAUAAAAAGAAUUUCAAGUUAAAAAACAAAAGACAAAAGAAUUAAAUAUUAGCAUGGGGAGAGUAAGGAAAAACGCAAAACCAGCAGUGGGUAAAGCCGCAGAUAAAUAAUAUGAUAAAUUUGCAAAACAAAAAACACUAAAAAGAAGCAUAUGCACACACAAAUGAAGCCGCGUAGCAAAAUUUGUUUGAUACAAAAAAAAAACAACAUACUUUAGUUUGAGCUGAAACCACUUAAAA